AUGGAUGAUUCAAAUUUGGACUUUAGCGAUCUAAUAUUACCGAGUUAUUCACAAAGUUGGUAUGAAUUAGAAGAUGCAUUAUAUCAUCCUGACAGAAUUUCAGUCGAAGAUUUUCAAAAUUUAAUAUCAAAUUUUGACGAGAAGCAAUUUCCUGCAAUUGAAAUCAUACUUAUAUGCGCUUCAUCGGUUAUUAAGUCUAAAAUAGAGAAAUUUGCAGAAUUCUGGUCUUUAUUAAACAUUAAACCAGACAAAUUAAACAGAUAUUCAUAUUUAUACGAUUAUUUAACAAGUAAAGGACUUAUUGAAGGUGAAAGUCAACAAACUUUCAAUGAAUUCUCUAAAAAUGAUAUAAAAACUGCAAUUUAUAAUGAUGACGUCAGUUUUUUAUCAGUUUUAUCAAUACAACCUAAUUUUGGAACAAUUGAAGACAUGUUGUUAGUUGACUAUGCAGCAGCCUGUGGCUCCUUCAACUGCUAUUUUUAUCUAAAGUCAGGUCAACAAAAAAUUUCGAAGAAAACAUUGAUGGCAGCUUUGUUGGGCGGAAACGAAUCAAUCAUUGGAGAUGUUUUGGAUUCUGGCAUAAAAUUAGAGAAGGAUUUUAUUAAAUUUGCUGUCAUUAGACAUCAUGACACAAUUGUCAACUGGAUAUUGAAUGAAUACCAGUUCAAACUUCCUUUGAUCGAAAGUUUGGAAUUUUUGAAAAAUCCAAGUUUAGUUUAUAUUGUUUUUUGUUUGAAAUCAAAGCUUUGCGACUACAAGAUAUUCAGAAAUUACGCUUAUUCUAUGAUUUAUAAAGGUUGUGACAUAAUAAUGAGACUCUUGGUUGAUUUUGGAAACUUAGAAAUUCCAAUUAAAACAGAAAUUUUUGAAUAUUCUGUCAAAAAAGGUUUUCCUGAUUUAACAAAAUCUUUGAUUGAUAAAUUGGACAAUAAAUAUGAUUAUGCAGAUCAAUUCAAUGUUGCUGCAAAAGAGAAUCAUUUGGAUGUCAUGAAAGUUCUCCUUCCAAAGAUUGUUCAAAUUGAUAGAUAUGGAGAUGAUGGAACAAAUCCAUUGUUGAAUUCCUGUGGAAAUGGAAACUACGAAAUGUUUAUGUUUCUCAUUGAAAAUGGUUCUGAUAUAACCUUGACUGAUAAUGAUAAUAGAACUUCUCUUUCUUAUGCAGUUUCAGGAAAGAACUUAGAAAUUAUUAAAUACUUAUUAGAAUCAGGAAUCAAUAUAAAUACAGCUGAUAAAAACGGAAAAACUCCACUGAUGUAUGCUGUCAAAACUAAAGAUUUUGAACUAGUUAAAUAUCUUAUAUCUAUUGGUGCUGAAAUCAAUCAUAUAUUAGAUAAUGGUUUAAGUGCUGUAUCACUAUCUAUUACUUACAGUAAUUCUGAUAUAUUCUUUUAUUUGUCUAAGACAUGUCAUGCAAAUCUGGAUCAUAUUCUAGACAAAUCAUAUCUUAUAUCAGCAGCACUGGAAGCUAAAUUAUUUGAUGUUGCUUCUUAUUUAAUUGAUAUUGGUGUUGAUGUAAAUAAAUGCGAUAAAAAUGGAUUAUAUCCGAUCUUCAAAGCAAUUACUUGCAAUAACAUAGAUAUAUUUAAGACUCUUUAUGAAACAGUUGAUGAUAUUUAUGUCCAUGCACCAAAAAAUAUGAAUAUUCUUCACUCUGCAGUUUCUCAAGGCAACAAAGAAAUUGUAGAAUUCAUUAUCUCUCAAGAUUUUCCACUAAAUGACAAAAACGAAUCUGGAGAAACUGCGUUAUACAUCAGUGUAGAGAACGGAUUUUAUGAUAUAACAGAAAUGCUUCUUGAGAAUGGAGUAGAUGUCAAUGCAAAAGAUUAUCAAGGUUAUACACCUUUAAUGGCAGCUGUUAAAAGAAAAGACGAAGAAACAAUUAUCUUACUGAUGAGAUACGGAAGCGAUGUAAAUAUUAUAUCCAAAAGAGGAGAUACUGCUUUUUCACUUGCAAAUGAUGAAUAUAUAGAAUCGCUCAUUAAAGGUGAUUGGCUCAGACCAUGUUUAUUAAUAUAG